AUGGAAACUCACGGGGGAGGCUGGACCUUGGUUUACAGCUACACCUUUACAAAUUACAACAGUUUUGGUUUGUCAAGCAAUGCCGUAACCCCCCGUCCAAACUGGCCUGCCAGUGGCGCCAAUGUCCCGAUCUCAACCACUCCUCCAUUCAAUGAGUCAUCUUUUGGGGCUGUAGACUGGAAUCUUUGGAAGAACAUUGGAAAGGAGUUGAUGAUCAAGUCAAACAUCAAUGAUUGGAUUGUUUGUCAACCAAAUGGUGGAAGUAUGGUCACAAAGACAAUGGGAUCAAUGAGUUGCCAGAACAUAAAAAACGUGGCAACAGCUUGUAGUGGUGCGCCACCGUAUAGAGUAGAAUGGUACGCUCCUGGGCCAUCCCUCCAUGCUUCCUCGUAUUAUUAUUUCUUUGAUGGAUCUACAGGUAGUUACUACCCAACACACGAUCCUUGUGGCAAAGAUAAUCAAAAUCACAAGAAAGGAGUCGGCAACCCUGGUGGACAAAUCUAUCUACGCUAG